UCGACAUCAGAAUGGGCCGUUCGUCUAUAGAUGGAUGGCCCAACAAAACCCAUCUUCAAUUUGAUUCAAUCCAAACCGUCGAUUAAUUGACUUAUACCCUCCGUGUCCCCCACACCCACUGCUCCCGAGCACGUGACCCGCAAACUCAAAAGUGGCGGAUCCCAAAUUUCAAAACUCCCUCUCUUCCUCACUCUCGGCGCUGCCACUGCCUCCGCCCUCUCCGCCUCCUCACUCCGUCACCACCGUCAAAGAAACCCGCCGGAGAUGGUCCAAUUCGACUGCGACGAUAACCCCCUCCGCAAGGAUCCUUCAUGUUGCAGGCCGACGCAGGACGAACCAUCUACUCGCUCCCUCGUCGAUCCCAUCCUCCCACGGCUCCGGUCCAUCUACGAGGCGGCGGCGGAAUCCCGUAGCCACCCGGACGACCCCACCGCCUCUGCCUGCUUCAGGGACCUCCUGGAGGACUGCGUCAGGAGCUUCGCUGAUGAUGAGGGGUACCGGGACGACGUCAGGUUUCUCAAGAUCUGCAUUCUAUACGGGGACGCGAUUCAGGAUUUCGAGAGGGUCUUCAGGAUCAUGGAAGUCAAGGGGAUCUGCCAGGCGCAUUCUUUGCUUUACGAGGCGUACGCCAUGUCUCUUGUUGCGGGUGGGAAGCUGGUGGAGGCCCAUGAAGUCUUCCAGCUGGGGAUCUCCAAGAACGCGGAGCCACUUGAUAGACUAAAGAAGAUGCAUGGCAUGUUCCUGAACCAUUUAGCUGCUGUUGCUCAGAAUGCAGCUGCUGAUCCGAAGAGUGACAUGAGUAGUAGAUCACUAAAUCAGCAGCCAACUCUUGUCAAUCCAUGGUCAAUGCCUACCAUUGAUGAUUUGCUGAAAAAGAUGGAUACUAAUAUCAGAAAAUAUAAUGGUUAUUGCCGUAGCAGUAAAGUAUAUUCAGGGAAGGUAUCUUUAUCUUCCUUAAAGAAUUCUUCAAGAAAUAAAAUCGUGGAGCUAGGUGGUUGCAAAUACCAGAUAAAAGGCUGCUCAGGCCUUGGUGGGUUUGCUCAGGUAUACAAGGCUUACAACGACAGCAAUCCUGAUGAUGUCCUUGCACUGAAGAUUCAAAAACCUGCAUUUCCAUGGGAGUUUUAUAUGUAUCGUCAACUUGAUAAGCGCAUCCCUGAUGUUGAGAGAUCAAGCUUUGGUUUUGCUCAUAAAGUGCACAUCUUUGCUGACUUGAGUGUACUAGUUUGUGAUUAUUUGUCCCAUGGAACACUUCAGGAUGCUAUAAAUUCAAACUUGGUGACGCACAAGCUUAUGGAAGAAGUUCUAUGCAUAUACUACACAAUUGAGAUGCUGCGCAUGCUGGAGACUUUGCAUAGUGUUGGCAUUAUUCAUGGUGAUUUCAAGCCAGAUAAUCUACUAGUUCGCUAUGCAAGGGAAGAAUUGACAGAAGCUUCAUUCAUCACCAGAAGUGGACCUUGGCGAGAUCAGGGAUUAUGCCUUGUCGAUUGGGGAAGGGGCAUUGAUCUAAGCCUUUUCCCUGCUGAUACAAGAUUUAUCGGGGAUUGCCGAACAUCUGGAUUUCGAUGUGUAGAGAUGCAAGACAAUCAACCGUGGAAAUACCAGGUUGACACUUACGGCCUUUGUGUCAUUGUCCACAUGAUGCUCCAUGGAUCAUAUAUGACCAUAGAGAAGAAGGUUAAUCCAGAUGGGAGCUACCAUUAUGGACCAAAAUUACCUUUUAAAAGGUAUUGGAAUUCCGAUUUGUGGAAGCCAUUAUUUUCUCAACUGCUUAACAUGAGGUCCAAUGGAAGUGAUGUGCAGCUGCUAUCAAGUUUAAGGGAGUCCUUCGAGAGCUACCUGCACGACAACCCAAACCUAAUUAAGACUUUGAAACAUUCGCUAGCGAAGCAAAAGGCCUGCCUGUGUUCAGCUUAGCUCAACACCUUCAUCUGUAUUAUUGGUUGAUGUGGAAUCACAUCUUUGUUUGUGCCAAUAAAUUGUAUAUGCCUGAACGAUGAUCGUUUCCGUUUGGUCUCAGCCUGUUCAUCAUAUUCACCAUACCAAUAGCAAGAAGAAUGUAAAGGUGAAAUUUAUCAGUUCAUCAUAUUCACCAUGACAAUACUGAGAUGAAUGUAAAGGUGAAACUCACUUGGUUAUCGAUGCCACAUGUAUUAAGGGACUGUUUUGUAAGUCCACAAGUGGUUCAUUUAUAACCCUAUUUGCAACAGAUUGUUCAUAUGCAAGGCUUUGAUUGUCUACAAUUA